CGGAACAAACUACUCUAAAUUAUCAGAGGUAGUUACAACAUGCAAAGGGAUAUUAUACCACGGGAAAUAAAGCGGCUUCACUCGGACUAAAGCGGCCAAUACUCGCUGGAUCAGCCCCGCUACUUGUGCGUAAACGAAGAGGUCUCGGUGUCUCCGUUACAUUUGUUCUGAGACUAAACUUGUUCAGCUCGCACAGACCUGUUCACCAGCUCUGUGCGUCCAGACUACAUCAUGCCAGAAGACAACGACUGUAAGCUGCUGCAGCCACCCAGGAGCUCUGACAAUAAAACGAAGAAGAAGAAAAGAAAGAAAGUAACUGCUUCCACCACAGAAAAUACAGAGAAACCUCAGGCUGUGUCUUUGCCCCCUGAGACCUCGCCUGUGUCCCUGCUGCCCCCACAGAGUCCAGGUCAGCCCCGAGGCCAGCUGCCCAAGCUCAGAGCAUCCGGUAAAAAGGACGGGGAGCGACUCGCUGGCAGCGGCCGGAGGAGUAAAAAACACCCCAUGGAUUCACCAGCUCUGCUGACAUCUACAACCAAAACCAGCGGCCUUGGGCCACUCAGCGCCCAGGCCAGGGAGAGCCUUAGAUGGGAGGGAGUGCUGGAGGACCCCCAGGCUGAGGAGAAGAGGCUGGAGCUGUACAGGGCCAACAGGCGGCAGCGUUACAUUGCACACAGAGACACUCUGUUAAAAGAAACCCAGGGUGCCUUGAGACAGACUGUUCCUUAAGAGAGAGGAAAGAAAAAGGCUACUGUCACUACUGCAUUUGAGCACAGACUGAAUUAAAUAAGCAAGUGAGAGCCUUACGCUGUUCAUCUCAGACAGUUUAAAACAGAUUUAGCAACAAUGUGCCACAGAGUGAAGAUCUUUGGGGGCCAGUAAGAGGUUGCACUGAAGAGAAAUCAAGCAUGUUGCCAAUUCAAUAGCCUUAAAAGCACUCGAUAGAAAUGCUCUCUCUGUCGGGUAUAAUAAACUCAUAUCCGCAGUGCCUCGACUGUCCAUGGAUGAGGACAGGACCUGCUCCUGGUCAAUGGACCUGUUACAACUUAAUAAAGGAUUAGCACAGUUUAUCACCUGAUUCUAAAUGAUGUACACUUCCACAGAAGACGCAAUGUUGAUCUUUCAGUACUGAAACCCAAUCAGGAUCACUGAACCCCCCCCUCACAUCUGCGUGUCCACAGGUCAGUGUGGUAGAGGAGGGUUAAAUCCAAAAUACCCAGAAAGCCAUCCACCAGAGUGGGUGUGGAUCCUAGUAAGACUUGAACGGGACUGCUAUGUUAAAAUGCUGUCCUACUAUCUAAUAAAAUAUCUUCAAAAGCUCAAACUGUUCAGCACAUUGGUCGACCUGCUGUACCAGCGAUCAAAUGUGCAAAGUCCUAAAUCCAGCCAUGGUUAUACCCUUCUCUCAUUCUACUUAUGUCUUGCACUCUAUACUGUAAUUUAAAGACACUUUAAAAAGAGAAAAUCUUCUAAAAGACUGUAAAAUAAAUCUUAGAAACACUACCACUGCUGGAAGGUAGAUGGCAGAACAAGCAUGUCCCCUGAGUGAAUAAUAUUCUCCAACACUAAGUUAAUGAAUGCAAAAAGAGACGGUACUAUUGUGCCUGAGAGUUUUUUUUUUAUGCAUGAACAAAUUCAAACAAAAUAGACAACAAAGUUUAAAUGACAAUUACAUUCCCAUUAUUUCUCCCUGGGCAUCAGAGUUCACUUUGCAUUGAUAACAAAGCUGUUACUAACAAGAGGACUGAUGUGCAGCACUGUGACUGAGAGGCAAAGAACAUCCUUCACUUAAACUCCUCAGGAGAACAAAGCUGAUACUUCUUCCCUCAAGAAUACAUAAUAUGCUAAAUUACUUAUUGUCACAAUGUUUUUGAGUGCAAAGUAAGACUUAAAGAUGUUCCCUGUAGAUACAUUAACACUUUAAGCUGUUACUUAACAGUAUAAUGCAAUACUUCAAGAGAAGUGAGGUUGCAGCAAUAUCAGGGCAGUCAGUGUUCCCUACUGCGAGCAGAGAGAUGGAAAUUAUUUUACAUUUAGCUUCAAGAGCGGAAGGCAACAUGUAUGACGAUUUAUACCAGUGACAAUAUACAUUUAUGAAUGUUGUUUUUUUUAUAUAAUUUUCUGCAUGAAUGUGUUGAUUAAUUUGUCAGGUACCGAGUUUGUUUAACUAACCCAAAAAUAUGAGUUUCUUGUCUGGUUAUUUUUUCCAUUAAUACUUUCUAAAUUCAUUAUCCAGAACUUGUAUUAUAUUAUGAUGUAAAUGAUCUAAAUGCUGCUAAAAAAAAAACAAAAAAAAAAACUUCAUGAUUUCUGACAAGUACAAAAUAUAAGCCUUCAGUUCUAAAAUAUUCUGACCGGUACUGGCCUUGAAAAGUCUGCAUCAGUUGAAUACAGGAAACCGAGGCAUGCUGUUGACAGGAAGGGAGAGUGACGCUCAAAGUAAACAUGGAGAUGUGAAGUAAAGACAGCGACAGACCAGCACAGAGACAGAGGGGGGUAAGAGGGAAAAAACGCAGCAUUUCCUUUGUGAAGGUUUUGUCACACUGCAUUUGUGUGCGGUUUGUCGAAGGCCUAUUGUUCCCUGUUGGUGUGUUUUGUUACCGUUGCCUAUUUCAGCAUCUCUGCUUCAAAGAGCUGAGCACUCCCCCUCUGUUCUCAUAAUCCCCCCUCCGACUCACCGACCGGACCACGUACACGGCCGCAGUGGGCAUUAAGGCCACUUGUGUUUUUUCCCAGCAGCCCCAGGCAUUGUACACCACCUUUUAAAGAUUAACAGCAGAGAACAUCCCGAAGCAUCUUAACUGUGACGUCUCCGGACUGUCACUGAAAUAUCCCUUGAGACAUAAAGCCAUGAAAUAAAUUCAACAACUCUGAAGAAAUUCUAGGAAAAAAAAAUAUCAAGAUUGUAAAAAGAAGUCCCAAAAGCUGUCUGAGGUAUCUGUUGUUUGCAUGGGGGAGUCCCCCUCACCUGAACACUGAGUGUAUGACGCACAAUUUACAUCUAAUACAACAGUGUAAAUAUAACCUUCACUAUAGAUUGUGUGAAGUCUGUCUCUUCUGAAUCACACACGUUAAUCCAGGUCUUCAAACUCUCAGUGAGAGAGGUGGUGACAAAGAGACGGAUGGAUGUCAACAUCGUACGGAUGACGUGUUGAGCAGAAGAUUAGAGGAAAGUCUAGAUUGGGACAACUGCAGCCAGCUCAGGUCAUCUGAUCUGUCACGGAGAGGAAAAAGAGAGAACUUUACAUGGAUUUACAUCCUUUCAUGCACUAAUUAGCCCCAGUUUGUUCAUCUCAUGUAUUGCCAUUACAUUUGCAUUUGAGUCACAGACCUAAUUUCUUUGGGUAACUGGGGGCAGCAGAAACACUGCUAGAGGUCCAUAAACAUUAUAAGAUACUUUGUGCCCCCUUGUUUGUUUACUGUAAGUAAAACUCUCUACAUCUUUGUGAUCCCAACCAGUCAUCCAUCAUUUAGACGUUGGAAAGAAAGAAGAACAGAAAGGUUUUGCAUACUCAGCCUCUUUCUUCGUGAUGACUUUUCCUGCUGCAAACCUCUCAGCCACUGCAGACACUGCUGGGUCGUAGUUCAGGCUCGCUGCCGCUAUGACCUCAUCAUUCCUACAGGUUACAAUUUUGAUUUAAUCAAACAUACAUAUUUUAACUUAUAUUCAUUCGGGAGUUACAUGUUUUUUUUUUGUCAACAGUAGCUGUUUUUUUCAACUUACUUGAUGUACAAUGCCAGGAACUUCCUGUCCUCAAAGGCUCCUUUCAUUACAAUGUCCGUGUAUCCCUCCCCAUAGCCUGCACACAACCAGAAUGAAAACAUGAGUUACAUUUAAGGGAGAUAAGUGGAAAAAUCAUCAAGGCGGGAUUUAGUGUCUAUAGUUUGCGCAUGCAGUGAGUUUGUCACUGUUGCUCUAUUAUUAAAAGGUCCAGUUAGUGAGUUAAUUGUUUACUUAAAUCUGAAAAUACAAACAUGAACAUAAAUAUCUUCAAAUGAUGCUGUACAUACUUUAUUUUAAUUAGGUCCAAACAAUAUUAAGAACAAACCAUUUUCUUACAUCUAACAUCUGCACAUGUUGGGGGCUGAGGUUCUGUGUGUGUGUUGGGGUCUGUGUGUGUGUGUGUGUGUGUGUGUGUGUGUGUGUGUGUGUGUGUGUGCCCACCUGCAUAUCGGAUGGUUUUACCCAGUAGGACGGUCCAGUAAAAAGGAACUGAGCUGAGCUCACUUGAUUUAUCCAGCAUGUUCAGAGCCGCUAUCCUCCCUUAGAAACAAUGAAAUCAAGUGUUUACAUUUAGCUGGAAAUAAAACUAAACAACAUAUAUAGUAUUUUAAAUCCAAGCCACAAUCUAAGUCUGUCGUCUCAGACUUUGUGACCAUAUUGACAUUGUUACUACAUUACCAUGAGCUUGGGCCAUCUGCCAGUGUCCGAUGUUGACCAGCCGGUUCUUGGCCAUCGCCAGGGGGAAGGUGGCCAGGUCGCCCCCACAGUACACACUGGAGAUGUUGGUGCGCAUGUACUGCAAGAGGGAGAUACUGUCACGUCUCGCUCUGAUCUAAUGUCAUGUUUGUCUUAUUUCCAGUCAUUUCCUGCUUUAUUUUGGUACAGUAAAUUUUGUCUCUUGCUUUAGAUACUUCACUUCCUGCCCUUGUGUGAUUGUCUGCCCCGCCAUGAUUGUUUUCACCUGUCCUUCAUCAGCCCCGCUGUCACCUGUCCCUCGUUAUCACCCUUUCACUGUGUAUUUAGUCUGUGUGCUCUCCUCUGUCUGUGCCAGUGUGUCCUUUCUGUUUUAGUGAGU